UCCUAACCCACUGCGAAGCCAAUAGUGAGUCCGUCACGCGGUGCCUUGCUUCCGAGGUAUCGCGUUGCUUUUUAAAUAAACAAAAAUCUAAAAAGGGGAGGAAGAGGAAGAAGAAGAGAUCGGGUCAUCGCUGGUUUCAUUUUCUGAUGGCGGGCCGCUAUGACAGCAACCCCUUCGAUGAAGAGGAGGUCAAUCCCUUCGCGGAUCCAGCGGUUCGAAAAGGAGCUGGACAAUCAAACUUUGGUGGCGGCGCUUUCUACACAACUAACCCUGGUAGUGUGCCUCCUGCUUCAAAUUCUAGGCUUUCACCUCUUCCCCCUGAACCUGCAGAUUUCUACAAUGACAGAAGUGCGACAAUAGAUAUUCCUCUUGAUUCAUCCAAGGACUUGAAGAAAAAAGAGAAGGAGCUUCAAGCUAAGGAGGCAGAACUGAAGAAGAGAGAACAGGAAUUAAAACGCAGAGAGGAUGCUGCAGCAAGAGCUGGAAUUGUUAUUGAAGAGAAAAACUGGCCUCCGUUUUUUCCCAUCAUUCAUCAUGAUAUUGCAAAUGAAAUACCCAUCCAUCUUCAGAGGUUGCAAUAUUUUGCAUUUGCAUCAUUGUUAGGCUUAACUCUUUGCCUAUUCUGGAACAUCAUUGCAGUCACAACAGCUUGGAUUAAGGGUGAAGGUGUAAAGAUAUGGCUACUUGCAAUCAUCUACUUCAUCUCAGGAGUUCCUGGAGCUUAUGUUUUGUGGUAUAAACCACUUUACCGUGCGAUGAGGACUGAAAGUGCUUUGAAGUUUAGUUGGUUUUUCAUGUUUUAUCUGCUUCACAUUGUCUUCUGCAUCUUUUCAGCUGUGGCACCUCCAAUUAUUUUCAAGGGGAAAUCCUUGACAGGAAUAUUACCAGCAAUCGAUCUGAUAGGUGAUCACGCCAUAGUGGGAAUUUUCUUCUUCAUUGGAUUUGGUUUCUUCUGCAUUGAAUCAUUGCUUAGUGUCUGGGUCAUUCAGCAAGUGUACAUGUACUUCCGAGGGAGUGGGAAAGCUGCGGAGAUGAAGCGGGAGGCAGCUCGAAGUGCAAUGAGGGCAGCGAUGUGAUUGCAAGAUGACAUCUGUAGGAUCCAAUUCUUAACUCAAUAGAUGGAAAGCAGCAGAGAGGAGAUUUGCCUUGGACAAGUACAAAUCAGUUUCUGUUUGAUGUGAUUUCUUUAUGUCCGUUUCAUAUUUUGUGAAUUAUAUAGGUUCUUAAAACACAUUUGUAGCCUAUCUGUGUACCUCUUGUGGAGGCUGUUCUACAUUGAAUCACUGCCAUUUUCUUUUGGUUUACUUGUACAUUAGAGGUUUGACAGUCGUGAUGCAGUUUGAAUUCUUUCCGCGGUUGCCUGCUUUAGGCAUUAUUCUGGUUGACUUUAAGGAAUUCUAUUCAAGGUUUACA